CCAGUUUUCAGUCCUAGGUGGUGGUCUCUCCCACAUCAGCCCAUUACCCCGAAAGUUGAGAGCUUCCCUUCCACUCUUGCCUUUCCCACACACAAGGGGACUGGGGGACGUCGUCUAGAAGGCUACGCUCUACCUUUCCCACACCUGUCCCAUUUCCUCGACGAGCUGCAUCUCUGGAGUUCGAGAUUCUAAUCAAUAGAAGCUCAACACGAGGAAUCGCGCAAAGAUGGCUGACCACGAAACCUUCGGUGCACAAGAAUGGCAGCUGCCAGGCUACGGAAAGGUUCCCUCUGCGCGAGCAAAUAACGUCUCCAACGACAUAGUGGCAAAGCCAGCCCCAGCUCCAGCUCCUCCUUUGCAACCCUCUCGAGGACCAGGGAAUAGCUUCCGCGGUAGAGCACGAACGCAAAAUGGCUUUCCAAUACGUGGGGGAUCUCCUCCUAAGCCUGUAGGUCAUAGUCGUGACAGGCGUUUCCCAGGAACUCCUAGCGGUCUAACAGGACGUGGGAAUAUCCGUUCAUUCCCACGCGGCCAUGGAAACCGAGCAGCUUUUGUUCCCGGUUCGAACAAUUUCCCCAGAGAUUCGCCUGCAAAAGCAAAUUGGAGAGCAGGGUUGAGACCCGACGGUGUUUUUCAGUUACCCGCUCCUUUUGGUACAUUCAAACAUGAAUUCUUCGGUGUCGCUCGUGGUACAGUGACUGGCGGACGUUCCGCAAACAAGGGUAGAUUCGAAGUGUUUGACGAUAUUUCCCAAAAGACGGGCACCCAUGUAAAGCCUCCAGCCUAUACAGACAACGUUAUUCUUCUCUGGGGUGAUUCCAGCCAAGUCCUAGCUGCUCAGAAGCUAUUGCAACAACUCGUCAACAAAUGCACUUCCUUACAGAGCAAGAAGCCAUUAUGGGCCAAGAUCAAUGCAUACUCUCUCAAGAAAGAAAUUGACAUUUUCCGUGACGAGCAGCAAGACGUCGUCUUACAGCAGUUGAGAAAAGCUCCCGAAGCUACUGUCCGUUUUGCGGAGAAGGUAGGGCAGGCUAUUUCAAUGUUUCCAUCGGGAGCUAACUUCACUUUCCCCUUCUUGCAGUUGCUGUUUCUUUGGCCAACUGAGGAGCUUCCUUUCAAAGAAUAUCUCGGCCCUGAGCUCCAAGGUCUGGAUCCGAUCCGUGAAGAGUUCGAUUGUCAUAUCUAUGUCCCUGACGGUCUACCUGAUUACAUUUGCGUUCUCGCCCAUAAUCAUGGCACCAUACGAGAAGCCAUUCGUCGUAUCCGUACCAAGUGGAGCGAGUUGAUGGCUUCUGCUAACAUAAGAUCAAAGGUGUACCUCGUGGAACCACCUGAAUUAAUCUAUGCGCAGCGAGGUAUUAUCGUCAAGCAGAGUCAUACCCUGGCGAGGCCUUUCCUUGACGGUGGUAUUAUGACGGCUUUCGAAAUCACGCAGUGGCUUGAUCGCGCUGCUCUAAUGCGCUCUAGGAAUGAUGUUCGCUUACUCAACACGACAGAACGGGCAAUGAGAGCUCUCCCAUUCUUUCGAGGUCACCUACGGAUGCGAGUGAAUAUAGGGGCAUUUAUCCUUGACGAGUAUCGGCUUUCUAAAGACUUGAAAGCUUCGUACAGUUUUGAAGAAUUUCGCGAGAUGCUGUUACAUGAUCAGACCAAAGGGCGUCUACUUCCCGGUCUUGAGAUUAAUCAAGCAGAGCUUCUUGGUAGAUGUUUCAAAGCUUCCUACCUCCUAGAGCCUUUCGAGACAACCUCUCGUUCCCUAGAAAAGCCCGAGCCAUCGUAUUCUGUGAACUUCGAGUUUGUGGGUUCGGACAGUGCUCUCCUACGCCUGGAAGCGGAAUUCGAAAGACACCCCGGUGCCGAAGAGUAUGAGGUCGCUCAGCGUCGUUGGGUCAAAGUUCAGGGCAAUAAUCAACACGGAAAUGAAAGGCCACCUCUCCAGGCCGCUAUGAUUGAAUUUGGAAGAGCGGACUGGCAGCUAGAGAUCAAGGCUCUCCAAUUCCACGAGCCUGCCAACAUAGGAGCGGCCUUGAAAGACUUUUCUCAUGCAAUUGGGUUCGAAUUCGAUGCCACCAGUAGUGGAAUUACUGCUCCACCAAAGAGAAGAGUUACCUUUCCACCGACUGCUCCCGUAUCCAGGUUUGUUGAGAAGACCGCUUUACGUUACCGUCUCAAAGGUACAAACUACAUACUUGAAAUUGCACGUUACGAUGAGUAUAGAAGGACGGGGAUUCAAUUUUCACAGGGGCAGGUACAAAUCUCUAACCCCGGUCCUAUUUUGAAUGCUCCAUUCACGACCUGGGGUGCAUCUAUCUUUGGGCUUGAUUGGGACAAUUUGCUUGGUGAGCAUGCCAACAUGGGCGUGGGCCAUUCAGCGAGCUGGAGUCCCAAUCUCAAGACCUUCUUUCCACCGAAGGCGAAAACAAACCCUACCGACACAUCUUCCGGAUUCUGGGAAUUCGUGAAUUUGGUCAAAGACGUUGCUGAACUGUUGGGCCCAAGGAGGCCUGAGGCCUUGGCGAAAAUGGCGACAGAGACUAUCGAUCAGAGGACUCGUCCAAACAGACAGUCUUCCCCGCUGAAGGCCGAAACUGUCGGCGAUGUGUCUUCUGGCCGCUCUUCGCCGGUCUCAGAAUCAAAGGAAUCAAACAAAGUUCUUGUGGCAGAGCUUGGGACCUUGUUCUAGAGAGGAUUCCACCUGAACACUUUACGAACCUAUGCGUUCACAAUAUUUCUUUACUCCUACAAGAUCUUUCCAAGUGCCAGACAACAAAACGAGAAACCCAAUCUCAGCUGCCGCUGCGGUACUAUCUGGUGCUACGGUGCUUUCUAAGGGAGAUACUUAUCAAGGCUGAUGCGAUGAAACGGAUGUUUGGAAAGGACUUACGUGGUCGCACCAAUUCCCUCCCACGGAGUGGAUAUUAUUGCGGUUGACUCAUAUGCCUACGCGACCAAGAAUGGACCAUAAUAUUUUUUCCAUUUUCUGUAUCAUGCGACCAUAC